AACACGUUUCACGCCAUCUUGAGAUUACCUCCUAGUUUGUUAAAUCGCUCCCAAAUUCAUAGGCUCCGCUCCUCAUUUCAUUGUUGCCGCGCUGUCCGAAAUGAACGGUUCCCGAAACAAACCUUUACAAACAGUCAGCAAGGGCCCGAAGGACGCAGACACCGGCACGGAGAGCAACCACAGGGACAGAAAGAGUGGCGGAGGAAUGCUGAAGAAGCUGAAGUCGAGGCGCAGCCAAACGGAGAAGUGGCCUGUGGUCACAGAGGAUGAACUCCGGGCUCUAGGAAGAGAUAUCACCCCGGACCAUGUCCUCGGGCUCCGGGCUGUUACGGAAGACUAUCUUUGCAGACCUGAAGAUAAUAUCUACAACAUUGACUUCACACGUUUCAAAAUCAGAGAUCUUGAGACAGGAACAGUGCUCUUUGAAAUCGCCAAACCUCCUAACAGCGGACCCGUGGAGAGUGAAGAGGAGGGUGGCGAUCCAGACACCAGUGCGGGGCGUUUUGUCAGAUACCAGUUUACACCAGCCUUCCUAAAACUCCGCACGGUUGGUGCGACAGUGGAGUUCACAGUGGGUGACCGCCCCAUUAACAGCUUCCGUAUGAUUGAGCGGCAUUACUUUCAGGGACGCCUUCUGAAGAAUUUCGACUUUGACUUCGGUUUUUGCAUUCCUAACAGCUGCAACACAUGUGAACACAUUUACGAGUUCCCGCAGCUUCCUGACGACCUCAUUCGUCAAAUGGUGGCACACCCUUAUGAGACCAGAUCAGACAGUUUCUACUUUGUGGAUAAUAAACUCAUCAUGCACAACAAAGCAGACUAUGCCUACAAUGGUGGUCUGUAAUACCUGAAGGGGGGGCGUGUUUAAAAAGGAUGCAGUAGCUCCCAGGAGACCGAUUUUCUGGAUUGUGCCCCUCAAUAAAUGGGGCAGAGACAGAAGUAUUCACUCUUUAUCGGAAUAAAGCACCAUAGUUUAAAAAAAGGAACAGAAGCAGGAAAAAACCCAACCAUAUCUGCCUUCAUAUGAAAUCAUGGAUCAAUUCAUCAGUACCGAACAGAGCUCAGUUUCUGGGAGUCCGAGAGAAUGUUUAAUUCAGUAUUUCGCUGUUAUAUCUGACUGAAACCUUUCUGUUCUCCUUUUGAAUUGUCAUACAUGUGUAAUGUAACUGCUUGAACACUUUUGCCUUAAUUUCCUGCUGUCUCUGCUGGAAAGGGACAGUUUUGAGUAACACAUCUAUAGUGGUAACGUCUGUAGACUACGUUAGUUUUUCAUUUAAUUACUGAUGUAAUAAGUUUGUUUAUUUUUGAGCUGAACUACCUUUUGCAAGUGACAAUUGUGUUUCCUUUAUGGAAAAACAAGCAUUAUGUAGGUGUUUCGGUCUUGUUUUAUCAAUAGAUGUAGCAUUAGUAUUUGUUUGAUUCUUCCUCAGAUGUGAGUUGAGAGCAGUUGCUACUGUUUGUCAGAUAUUUAAGCUUGGUGUCCGUUUUAUGAAGUACAAGAUGACCAGUUUCUUCUUUGGUAGAAUAUCCCUUAAUUCGAAAAUGGUCUUCUCCCUUUUCCUGUUUUGUUUUUGUUUGUUUGUUGUUGUUUUUUUAAAUAAUUCCAGGUGUGAUGUUCAUUCUGCUACAAUCGGUUAGAUUGUUAUAACAAAAGUUUUCCCAUGUCUUUGUUCUAUGAAAACUGUGGGAUAGAUCUAGUUACUAGACUUUAAAUGUUUUUCUUUUAUGUGCCGUCCAUGUUUAGAAGUGUUUUUCUGCCUUCUUUGUACAAUUGCAUAGUUCUUUCAUCCUUUGUUUAUUUGUCACAGCAGUGCUGUGAAUCCCACUCUUUAGCAGCGUUUGGCCAAACAUGUGGUAUACCUAUUGAACUGUUAGUACGCUCUUCUCCUUUGAGAUUGCCUUCUCAGUUUACUAAUGAAAUACCACAGUAGCACACAACUUGACAGUACAGAGGGAGGUAACUUGGUAGUUGGAUCUAUUUUUAAUGAGGCACUGGGGUAGAUGCAGUCAUUGACCUGUUUGACCGAUGAUACUGGUGACUGUGCAAAUUUUAACCCAUCUGUAUACGAAUGUCUUUUUCAAAUUUUACACCAGUUUUCCAGUGUGCACAAUUUCAUGUGAUGCCAGUCCUGCUAGAAGGAAUACCUUACUUACUGUGAUGCUCUGAAUUGCAUUAUGCUGAAAAGUUGUCUGUAAUUUAUUCAAAACGGCAGCAGUUAAGAGUUUGAAAUUGGGCUCCACUUGCAGAGUGAUUUCCAGGUGAAACGUGGAUUUCUCUUCAUAGUUGGGUUUUGUUUGAAUUUAUGUUACUGAAAUGAAAACCUGCAAGGCAGGAGAUAGUAAUGAAACCUUGCAAAUGGUUGUUUAAAGUGUAUUUGUUAAUUUGCAUUUCAGUCAUGCAUACACACAUCAGGACUUCUUCCUACUGUACUGUUAUUGACUCUAUGUGCCUUGAAUCCAGUUUUUUUUUUUUUUUCACCUUUAAUGUGCAGAAGUCUCCUUUUCUUGUCCACUCGUGGCAGAAAGCUGAAGGGAUGUAAAAUUGCCUCCUGAUGUUCUUUUUCUGUAUUCUUGUAGCAUUACCUUCUAUAAAACAGGAUGAUUACAGUGAGGAAGAGUCAGUGACAACAUAUUAUGCAGUCCGUUAAUACCCACAACAAAUGGGAUAUCACAUUAGGCACCCUUUUGUCAACUGUGCCCUUCUCUUUUUUUCCUAUGUUGGACUCUGUCACCUGCUGCAUGGUCACCAGUUUUUAUAUUGGCUAAUUUUGCUAAUGUUCAUCUUAUCCAAUUUGUUGUAAAUAAAUAAAAAAAUGGGUGAAUGAAUGA